UUCAAUGAAAAGAUAAAGUGGGUGGCUGAUCUCUAUAUACAUACAGUAUGUUUUAAAUUCAAAUGAUAACUUGAAAAGAUUAAAGGUACAUUACAAACUAUAUUAGGCUGGUUACUUGGCGUUCUGUUUUAAAGGUUUGUUUAUGGACAAAGCUUGAUAUAGUUUAACAUUUCUGUUGACCAAACUGGACAAUCAUUUACCUUUUAAUGUAACAGUUUCUUUCUUGGUAAUUUAAUUUUACUCGGUGAUUCAACGGUGGAAAUGUUGUCUUAGAAAUUUACGCAAAUAUCGCAUGUGGAAACACUUUUAUUUUGGUUCACUUGCUACAAACGAGCGUCGAAUCAAUACAUGGUAUAUUAAUAUCUCGACAAAGCAGCAUGGAUUAUACCAAUUUCUUCUAUAUGUUGGCAUUUGGGUUAUUCCUUCUUCUAAUUCAUGGGGCUAUAAAAUCAUUGUUGGAGUCAAUCUUUACCUACCCAUACUACACUAUUGCUGUUGAGUCCGCCGACAAACCGAGUGCAUUACGCAUGGGUGUAAUUCAUGUUCAACUUCUUGGAGAUGAUGGCGAUAUUGGCAAAGAGAUUGAGCUAGCUGCUGGUGUAUUUCCAGAAAAGUUUAAAAGAGGCUACGAGAAUAUUUUUAAAGUAAAGAAUCAAUCGUUUCAGAAUAUUACUGGCGUGUAUUUACGCGGAGAUAAAUCUGUUGGUGAGACCGGAUGGAACAUUGACAGGAUUACGGUAACAAACGAUACUACUGGAGAAGAAACGAUUAUUCCAAUUUUUACAAACAUUAGAGCCGGUCGAAUUUAUAAAUUUAUUGCUGAUGACGACGCCUUACCACAAUCGGCCUCAAUGUUACAAAAGGAGGACAGGAAGCUUGAUCUCCGACAUAUGAGGGAACUUUAUGAGCUGUCUGAAGAACGAUGCCCAGGAUGUCCACCAUUAGUGAAAAAGUUACCUCAAGAGGAAAAAUUUUCCUUCAGUUAUCAGUUUGAACUUGGAACAGAGGCAGUGGCAUUAACAAUUGAUGCUCAGUUAGAGAAGCUCUUUUCUGGCGGAUUUCAUGAAAUGCAGAAUAUACGUCAGGUUUUUCAUCGAGUGUUAAAUGUGUUUCCCGAACCUUCAAAUUUUAACAGGUGGCGCGAUGAUGUGCUAUUCGGAAUGCAGCGUCUUAUGGGUGUAAACCCUAAUAUGAUACGUCUUUGUACAGAGAUUCCAGAAAAACUUGCCGUCGAUGAUCAUAUGCUGAAGCCUUUCCUGGAAAAUAUGUCACUUUCUCAAGCUCUACAGGAAAAAAGAAUUUUUAGUAUUGAUUAUGAGAUAUUAGAAAAUGUAAAUCCUAAAGAAGGACACGUUAUAACCGCCCCUAUUGCGUUAUUUUAUCAACGUUAUGAUGGCAAUCUAGUUCCAGUUGCCAUUCAGCUCUUUCAAAAGCCUGGUGCUGACAAUCCAGUUUUUCUACCCAGCGAUCCGGUGAACACGUGGAUUUUGGCAAAGAUGUGGUUUAACGUAGCCGAUGCAAAUUACCAUCAAUCAGUUACCCACCUUGGUUUCACUCAUUUAAAGAUGGAAGGCAUCGUCGUCUGUACCCAUAGACAAAUACACAAGAGUCACCCAAUCUACAAACUGCUUAUGCCACACUUUCUUUACCUUUUGGCUAUUAACCAUGUCGGCAUUCCACAACUCUUGGAUCGAAACGGCUACGUAGACAAAGUCCUAACCUUAGGUUCAGAUGGCAUGAAAGAGUUAAUCAAACACAAAAACAUGAACUGGCGAAUGGAUAUAGACGGAGACCUUCUAUCUGAUCUGAAAACCCGAGGAGUUUAUGAUCCAGAUAAUCCAAACUUGCUGCCGCAUUAUUACUACCGUGACGACGCUAUAAAACUGUAUGAAUGUAUUUAUUCAUAUGUAAGAAAGUACCUUAACCUAUAUUACAAGUCGGAUGCCGAUGUCAAGGAAGACUAUGAGCUUCAAAAUUGGAGGAAAAAACUUGAAACCCCAGUAGAAGAGAAAGGGCUUGGUAUACUUGGUUUGUAUGGAGUAGAUGGGAAGUUCACCACCAAAGACCAGGUAUUCCGCAUUUUGACAAACAUAAUUUUUACAUGUAGUGUCCAGCAUGCAGCCGUCAACUUUCGUCAGUACGAGGAGUACGCAUUUCCACCAAACUACCCGGGUAGCCUCCGAGGACAUCCGCCACACAACAAAGAACAUAUAGAUGACGGACAAUUACUGAGAAGCCUACCAGAUGAAGAAACAAUGUACAACACUAUGAUCAUAACGAGAGUAUUAAGUACACAAGGGAUGAAUAAGCUAGGUGAUUUUGAGGUGGAAUAUAUCACCGAUAAAGAGGCGCUCAAAGUAGUUGCUGAGUUUCGGGCAAAUCUAGAACUUAUAGCUGAGGAAAAUGACAAAAGUAAUAACGAGAGGCGUCACGAGAAAUAUACUUGUUUGAAUCCACAUUUUGUGCCAAACUCAAUAAGUAUUUAAAGAUACAAUGUCGUUAUUGAUAUCUUAGUUUAGAAGAAAACUGAGAGGUUAAGAAAAGUUUGAAAUUAAAAUCAAAUACAAUGAAGAGAAAGUAUUUUUAUGAUAUCUGAGAUAAUUGCAGUGUUGUAUUAUGUUAUUGUGGGGGAAUGCAUGACGUUUGAAAAAUGCUUUAUUCUAUUUUUUUUUUAUGUACUGAUCUAUAAAAUAUCUUUUGUGAACACAUCAAACUAAUACGCUGCCUAUCUGGUUUGUCGGAUAUACAUAUGAAAUGGUUUAAUAAACCUUUCUUUUACAGCCUA